GGCGGCGGAGGCCGGGGCCGGGGCUGAGGCGGCCGCGGUCUGUCCCGCUCCGCUCGGAGGACCCUCGGGGACGAUGCUGCGGCUGCGGUGGGGACUGAGGGUUCUAAGCUGCGGCCUCUCCGCCCAGGGGAGCGCGGCAUGCGGCGGGCCCCGGAGCCGGCUGCGCAGAGUUUUCACAAUGGCUGAGGAUCUGAGGGCAGCAGUUGCCAGCCAGACAAAGAGAGCGAACAGCAGCAGUGCGGUGGUUGAAAGGCUGGAAGAAAACGGGCAUCAAAACAAAAGGUUGAAGACAGGUGCAGAUGAGGAAGAUUCAGAGGAUCAGAAUAAAAAGUCACCCAAAAGGAAGAUCGUGUUGUUGAUGGCAUACUCAGGGAAAGGCUACCAUGGGAUGCAAAGAAACGUGGGAGCAUCACAGUUCAAGACAAUUGAAGAUGACUUAGUGUCAGCCCUUGUUCAGUCAGGCUGCAUUCCAGAAAACCAUGGGGAAGAUAUGAAGAAAAUGUCUUUUCAGCGCUGUGCUCGAACAGAUAAGGGUGUGUCUGCAGCUGGACAGAUUGUGUCGCUAAAGGUCAGGCUAAUAGAUGACAUCUUAGAAAAGAUCAAUAACCAUCUUCCUUCUCACAUCAGAAUUCUGGGUCUGAAGAGAGUCACUGGGGGAUUCAAUUCCAAGAACAAAUGCGAUGCCAGAACCUACUCUUACAUGCUGCCAACAUUUGCCUUUGCCCAUAAAGACCACAAUGUGCAAGAAGAGCUUUAUCGACUGGACAGAGAGACCCUUGAAAGAGUCAAUAAACUGCUUGCAUGCUAUAAAGGAACACACAACUUCCACAACUUCACAUCCCAGAAGGGACCCAGGGACCCCAGCGCCAAGCGGUACAUCAUGGAGAUGUACUGCGGAGAGCCCUUUGUGAGGGAAAACAUGGAAUUUGCUGUGAUCAAAGUGAAAGGUCAGAGUUUCAUGAUGCACCAGAUAAGGAAGAUGAUUGGGCUGGUGAUAGCUAUUGUGAAGGGCUAUGCUGCUGAGUCCAUCAUAGAGCGCAGCUGGGGAGAGGAGAAAGUAGAUGUCCCCAAGGCCCCUGGCCUCGGGCUGGUGCUGGAAAGAGUCCACUUUGAAAAGUACAACCGGCGUUUUGGGAACGAUGGGCUGCACGAGCCGCUGGAGUGGGCACAGGAGGAGGAGAAGAUUGCUGUUUUCAAAGAGCAGUAUAUUUACCCUACCAUUAUCAACACAGAAAAGGAGGAGAAAUCCAUGGCAAACUGGCUAAACACCCUCUCCAUCCACGACUUCAACUCGUCUGCUGGUGAAAUGCAGGUUAACAACAAAAAUGCCAAGAACAGCAGCGAUCUCGAAGGCAGCGAUGGUUGUGGUGACGAUUCCGACUAAGCCAGUAAACAGCUGGACAUGGAACCUUUACAGCCUGUAGUUCCCUUUGUCUACAUAAAAAAGUGGCCUUUCUAAAUCCAGAUAUCCAGAAAAGCAAGAGUUUGUGUGCUUGCAGAACAAGAACCGGAUGGAUGCCCAGCAGAAACUGGGUGGGAAAGAGAGUGCAGUAAAAAAAAGCGCAAGAAGCUUUUUGCACCACUGACUGAUUCACCUGACUGGUAUACUUGAAAAUAGGGUAACAAGAAAGAAGCCUUGUAAAAGAACCUUGUAAUGCAGGAUAUCUCAAUUGCUUUUUGAAUUAUGUUUUAAUGAUGUGUUUACCUGGAAAAUAGUAUUUUAACUAUGUACAAUCUCUGCAUAAAGAUGGGGCAAAACAUUUUAAUACACCUUUUUUUUUUCAGUUGUUAUUACUAUUAUGAAGUUGUGACUUCAUGAACUUUUGGUACUUUGCUAUUUUCUUCACCUGAACCUGACCUCUAAACACCAUUAGGCUUUUAUUUUCCAUUUCAUCUGUGACUGUCCUGUGGAAUAACACUCAUGAGUUAGCAACUCAUUACCAUGCUGACUGCUGUGAAUUCUUUUGGUGUUGAAACAAAGCUGUGUUUUUCAAAAGCUCUGCAAGUCUAAAAGAAAUGAUUCCUUCCUCGCUGAGAAGUCUUAAUUUUGGAAUGUGGACUGACCCAUCUAUUUCAAGAUGAGACCUUCUUCAUCCUCACAGUAUUGCCCACAUGCUUGGGCAGACUUUGGAACGUCAACCUGCAGCUUUGUGUGUAAUUGAGUCACAGUAUCACCAAGGUUGGAAGAGACCUCAUAGAUCAUCAAGUCCAACCCUUUACCACAGAGCUCAAGGCUAGACCAUGGCACCAAGUGCCACGUCCAAUCCUGCCUUGAACAGCUCCAGGGACGGCGACUCCUGAGGUGUCUUUUCAUGCUCCUGCAGCUGAGACACAAGGAGAUGAUGUAAGUUAACUGUUAGGACUGCAGAUCGAAGUGUGCAGCCACGAGUUUAGCAUUGGCUGUGGUGGAUCACUAAAUGUGUUGCUGCUAGUUUAGCAUAUCAGGGUUUGGUGGAAAUUAUCUAGCCAUCUGCUCACUUCAAGGUUGAAAGAAAUGGUGCUGAUUUCUGGCCCUUAAUCAUGUCUGCAUUCACUUUGUGCGUGAACUCUUCAAUUCCCACCAAGCUGCUCAGGACAGAGGGAUAUGUGCACUGGGAAGCACAUGUUUGGGGACUGUCUUCCUUUGUGAAUUGAUUUUGAUUCUUCUGUGUUUUGAGGAUCUGCAUACUCUGGAGUUCCUACUCUUCUUUUCCCUGACUGUGGUUUGACUUCUGGUUCUUGUUUGCAGCUGUCCUUGGAGGUAGUGGAAUUAAAAACAAAAAUAGCAGUCCUUCUGUCUUCCCUGCCUGUAGAACACUCUUGGAAGGGCUGGAACGAGAUCUCCAAACAUUUGAGUACUAGUACAAGUGCUUGAUACACUUCCCUAGCUGGGUCUGCGUGGAGCCUUGCUUUGUAAUAUGGUAGUUACUAGGAACGAGGAGCCAGCUCUUUGCACCUUUGUUCAACGGUUUCUGGCCAAAGCCUCUGAUUUUAUAGUUCCUUCUGGAAUUAAUUUAAUUUAUUUGCUGGAGAAAUUAAUUUAGAAAGGAAUUUUCUUCUUUAUCCAGAUUUUAAUUAAAACCUUUUAUUUAAUUGUGAAGACUUUGCUCUAUUUCAUGGGAGCAAGCGUGGCAAGUAUUCUGGAGAGAGACUUAAUCUAGAUUUGCGUUUGUCUCCCUUGCUGGUUCAUACUGUGAUGCAGAUAAGGUUAUUUUUCUGUCUCUUUCAAUCUAAAAAGAAACCCCAACCCUUAAUUUGCUGACAGUAAAGGCCCCGGAAUUGACAUGUGUGUGGGUAGAAAUCAACAAGAAGUAGUCACAGCCCUUGGCAACAGCAAAGUAAUAAUUAAACCCCUGGUCUUUCUUA